CUCACUUGAGGGAGAGUCGCCGUUGAGACGUUAGUUUCAAUUUAACGUUCAAGCGUGGUGUACGUGUUUCGGAGUAGUCGUUUGGGGCGCUAGACUGAUAAUAUUCGUACAAUCGACGGGUGUCGCACACACACACAGACACGCGCGUUCGCACCAAAAACAUCACAGUAACAUAUACUGCCAACCCUCGUAAGUCGCCCCCGAAGCCGCCGUUGCUUUGCGCCGUCAGCAGGCGAAAAAAGAAAGAAACAAGUGCGUGAGUGUGAGUGUUGAAAAAUGUUUGCAAGCCGUCGAGGCGCAUUAGCAGCGCUGCUGCUGCUCUGUUGCUGCUGCUUUGCUCCGAAUGCAGCUGUCGCUGACUUGGCGGACAAAUUGCGCGAUGAUUCGGAACUGUCACAGGGCACUGCCAAAACGUUCAGGCGCAUUAUGCCAGUUAGGUUCUACAGCCUGCUGGAGCAGAAUCCUGUGGCGAAUGCAACGUUAGCCCUGCGCUCCUGCACAAUCUUUGUGCCGACCAAUGAAGCCUUCCAGCGCUACAAGGGCACUGCUCAGGUUCUUUACCACAUGACCACCGCUGCGUUCAGCCAGAGUCAGCUAAAGACGAGCGUGACGUCGGACAUGGAGGGCAAUCCCCCGCUCUAUAUCACAAAUGGACGCAAUGGCGACAUCUAUGUGAACAAUGCACGCAUUAUUCCAUCGCUCAGUGUUGAGCUCACCAAUCGGGAGGGCAAGCGUCAGGUCAUGCACAUCAUCGACGAGGUGCUGGAACCCCUCACUGCCAAGUCUUCUAGCACAGAGAUGAACAACAUGGAUGCCAUGCAAUUUAUGCGAGUUGCCGAUCAGCUCAACUUGGGCAACAGGACUCUGCGAACGUAUCGCACACAGGUGACAAUGGCAAAGAAGGAAUCUCUCUUCGAGUCGCCUGGAUUCCACACUUUCCUGGUGCCCAUCGACGAGGGCUUUAAGCACUCGACGCGCAGUGGUCUAGUGGACGCCAAGGUUAUCGAUGGUCACGUCAUACCGAACACUGUCAUUUUUACUGCCGCCUCAGAGCACGAUGAACCCAAGACUUCGGCUGCUUUUGAGGACCAGAUUAAGGUCACAGUCAGCUUCUUUAAGCAAAAGGACGGCAAGAUGUAUGUGAAAUCGAACACAUUUUUGGGCGACGCCAAGCACAAAGAAGGCGUGGUGCUAGCAGAGAUCGUCAAGGCCAACAUUCCCAUCAAGAACGGAGUUGUGCAUCUGAUUCACCGUCCGCUGAUGAUCAUCGACACCACCGUCACGCAGUUCUUGCAGUUUCUGACCGACAACGGUGAGAAUGGAGCUCUGCGUAAGUUCUACGAGGUUAUUAUGGACGCUGGCGGCGGAGUGUUGGAGGGCAUCAAUAACCUGUCAGAAGUGACCAUUUUGGCACCCAGCAAUGAGGCCUGGAACAUAUCGUCUAUCGACAAUAUUGUCAGAGAUCGCAAGAAAAUGACCGAUAUUCUAAAUAUGCACAUUAUCAAGGAUCGUUUGAACGUCGAGAAGAUCAGGCAGAAGAAUGCUAAUUUGAUUGCUCAGGUACCCACGGUUAACAACAGGACUUUCCUGUACUUCAACGUUAGAGGCGAAGGCGCAGACACAGUGGUCACCGUUGAAGGAGGCGGCGUCAAUGCCACUGUGCUGCAAGCUGAUGUGGCCCAGACCAAUGGAUUUGUGCACAUCAUUGAUCGAGUGUUGGGUGUGCCACACACCACUGUCCUGGGCAAGCUGCAAACCGAUCCUAUGAUGAGUGAUACCUACCGAAUGGGACAGUUCUCGCACUUCAACGAUCAACUGAAUAACACGCUGCGCCGCUAUACUUACUUUGUACCCCGCGACAAGGCUUGGCAGAAGACCGAACUGGAUUAUCCCUCAGCGCACAAGAAGCUAUUCAUGCGCGACUUUUACUAUCACUCUAAGAACCUCUUGGAACGUCAUCUGGUCAUUGCGGAUCAUGCGUACACCAUGAAGGAGCUGGUUCAAAUGUCUCUCACGGACACCGUGGUUCUGCAAACAUUCCGGGACUCGCUUAAGGUCAAGAUCGAGGAGGAAGCUGGACAUCUACAUGAUGAGUAUGCUAGUCACGAAUGGACUGAAUAUGUGAUCUUGUGGAACUACAAGAAGAUCAACGUCUACCGACCGGACGUCGAGUGCACCAAUGGCAUCAUACAUGUCAUCGACGCACCGCUACUGGAAGAGAAAGACAUUGUUGUGAGCGGAGGUAGCUAUUUGCCAGAAUCAAGCAUUUGCAUCAUGUUGGCCAACCUCAUAAUGAUAACAGUAGCAAAGUUCUUGAACUAAACUCGAAUCGCAUUAUUCAUAAAUGUAAAAAUCAAAACCAGAAUUCCGAUAAACAAACCAACAACACAGUCGUCUAUACAAAUCAAAUUAAAUCUCAAUUCAAAAUCCGACAACAAACAAGAAAUAGCAACAAAACAACAACAACAUUUACAACUACAAAAAGACAAAAGCAAGCUAACUAAUAUGAUAAUGCAAAUGUUUUAGCACAUGUACAUUCAUAUAUUAUAUAAACGUGCAUUCAUAUAUACAUAUAUGAUGAUGAACUGUAUUAUAUGUGUCACAAGGAACUCGCCUACCAUCAUAUUUAAUUCUUUCCCACACACACACACAUUUUAAGUUCUAUUAUGUAAAUGUUAAGCAUUUAAUUUGAAUUCCCAUACCAAGGCCUUAUGUAUUAUAUGAAAUAUACACACUACUCUUAAUUAAUUUAUAUACAUACUUAUGUUUGACACACAUAAAUACGUACACACAUAUUCUGUAAUUUAAGUUCAUUGAAAGGUCUCCUUGCUCGCUAAUUUAUAAGUUUGAUUCGUGUCUGCGAAUUCGUGUUAUUUUUUGUUUGAUUUUAAGUGUAUAUUUUGCCAAUUGAAAUGUUUUAAGUUACAACUUAUUUAUGAGUAAUAUUUUUUGUUCUCGUUUUGUAAGCGCGUAGAAUUCGAAUCUCAUUGUACACGUACAUCACUGUCAGCUCACAGAAUCACCAAGUUGUUGAUGACGUCAUCAUAAAUACACUAUAUACAUAAAUACUUACAUCAAUGAAUAUAAAGUACAUACGCUCGUAUAAACAAACAUUCGAACAUGUAACGACAACAAAAUGAACAUCAUGGCAACCAACCAACAACCUUUUAACAAUGUGAACAUUAUUUUAUAAUAAACCUAAAAAGUUUUUAAUUUAAUUGAAUUAUGACAAAGAAUGUAGAUUUUAAAUUUUAAGCCAAGCAUCCUUGUCUAUUUAGGUUAAAUUGUAUGCCCGCAAAAAAACAAAAAUAAA